AUGGGCGUAGAAUAUAUAGAUGUAGUCAAUGAAGAUGGUAGCCCUGCUGGCUACUCAUUGCCAAGGAGUGAGAUACAUGCAAAGGGACUAUGGCAUCGUGUUGUUCACGUAUGGCUUAUAGAUGACAAGGGCAAUCUACUCAUUCAACAACGUGCCGACAACAAAGAGUCACAUCCAUCGCUGUGGGACAUCUCGACGGCAGGUCAUUGCGAGGCAGGAAUGAACUCCAGGGACACAGCAGUCAAGGAGCUCUCUGAGGAGCUAGGUAUGCAGCUUGCCUCUGCCGACGAGCUGGAAUACCUGUUCACAUGUCGCACCAACCAUGUGCUAAAGAAUGGACUGUACAUUGACAAUGAGCUUGCAGACGUAUAUCUGCUACGUGUUGCAUCUCCAAUUGAUCUUACAAGGUUCAAGCUACAGGUGGAGGAAGUACAGGCCAUCAAGUUGAUCCAUCACUCUCAACUUAGAGUGCUGGCAGAGGCUCACGAUCCAACAUUCGUUCCACUGGCAGGUGAUUAUGUCCAGUUCUUCAACAUACUUGCAACUCGAUAUCCAUAA